CUCUAUAUUGCAAGGUCGUUGAAAGCUAUCUUCACCGGUUCCUAAAAGCCUUCCUUUGUCUGCUGUUCUUCUCGAGGUUCUGGGUUUUUUGUGUUUCUCUUUUCUGCAAUUUUUUUUACUGUGAGCUACCUUGAAAAUGGAGGAGGAAAUAGUAAAGCAGGUGAUUUACCUAUACGGAGACUUAGAUUUAACCAUUGUUGAAGCCCGGAAGUUGCCCAACAUGGACUUAUUGUCUAAUCAUCUUCGCAAUUGCCUAGCAUGCGAGUCCUGCAAAUCUCCAUCACAGGCAGCCGCUCAAGGAGGAGACACUAAAGAUCAUCACCAUGGUAAAAUCAUCACCAGCGACCCUUAUGCCACCGUUACAGUGCCGCAAUCCACCUUGGCUCGAACACGCGUCUUGAAAAACAAGGAGAACCCCAAGUGGAACGAGAGGUUCAUGAUCCCCAUGGCUCAUCCCUUGACCGAGCUCGAAAUCAACGUCAAAGACAAUGACCUCUUCGGCGCUGAAGUAAUCGGCACCGCCAAAUUCUCCGCCCAAAACAUCGCCACCGGGGAGCGUAUAAUCGGCUGGUUCCCGCUCAUCGGUCCCUCGGGAAAGCCUCCUAAGCCGAACACGGCGAUUCACAUAGACAUGAAAUUCACUCCCUGCGAGCAAAACCCGUUUUAUAAGCAGAGCAUCGCCAGCGACCCGAAGCAAGGCGGUGUGAGGAACACGUAUUUCCCUCUGAGGAAGGGGAACAAGGUGACGCUUUACCAAGACGCUCACGUGCCGGACGGCAUGUUGCCGAGAAUAAAACUAGACGACAGUAAACUCUUUAACCAGGGGAAGUGUUGGGAGGAUCUUUGUUAUGCCAUAUCCGAGGCUCACCAUAUGAUAUACAUUGCUGGUUGGUCUGUUUUUCAUAAGAUCAAGCUCGUUAGAGAGCCAACUCGGCCACUGCCACGAGGUGGGGAUUUAAACCUCGGUGAAUUGCUCAAGUAUAAAUCUGAAGAAGGUGUUAGGGUGCUGUUGUUGGUUUGGGAUGAUAAAACUAAUGACAAAUUUGGUAUCAUUAAGAAGGGACAAAUGGAUACACAUGACGAAGAAACUCGAAAGUAUUUUAAGCAUUCGUCUGUUAUUUGUUUGCUGGCUGGUCGCUAUGCUGCCAAUAAACUUGGUUAUUUCAAGCAGAAGGUCGUCGGAACCAUGUUUACGCAUCAUCAAAAGUUCGUUCUUGUCGAUACACAGGCAGCCGGUAAUGAUCGGAAGAUUACUGCAUUCGUGGGAGGUAUUGAUCUCUGUGACGGGCGCUAUGAUACACCUGAACAUCGAAUACUUAAGGAUCUUGAUACUAUUUUUAAGGAUGAUUUUCAUAAUCCUACUUUUCCAGCUGGAAUCAAGGCGCCUAGAGAGCCAUGGCACGAUUUACACAGCAAAAUCGAAGGGCCUGCUGCGUAUGAUGUUCUUAUCAACUUUGAGCAGAGAUGGAGGGAAUCAAUCAAGUGGAAAGAUUUCUUUUUAAUUUGUAGUGAAAGGCUUCACACAAAUGAUGACGCUUUGAUUAGGAUAGAACGAAUCUCGUGGAUACUAAGUCCUCCCUUAACUGUCACGGACCAGGGCACCACUGUGGUUCCGGAAGAUGAUCCCAAGUUAUAUGUUCUUAGUGACGAUGAUCCCGAAAACUGGGAUGUUCAGAUUUUCCGGUCCAUUGACUCAGGAUCUGUGAAAGGAUUUCCAAAAGACAUUAAAGAAUCUGAGAAGCAGAAACUUUUGUAUUCGAAAAAUGUAGUCGUCGAUAAAAGCAUUCAAACAGCUUAUAUACAGGCAAUUAGAUCUGCCCAGCAUUACAUAUAUAUAGAAAAUCAAUAUUUUCUGGGAUCUUCUUAUGCUUGGCCAUCUUAUAAAGAUGCAGGGGCCGAUCAUCUGAUCCCGAUGGAACUGGCAUUAAAGGUUGCUAGUAAAAUCAGAGCAGGGGAGAGAUUCACCGUAUAUAUCAUUGUCCCUCUGUGGCCCGAGGGUGAUACGAAAACGCUUGCUGUACAAGAAAUCCUAUACUGGCAGUCUCAAACAAUGCAAAUGAUGUACGAAGUUGUCGCACGAGAACUCAAGUACAUGCGAAUUACGGACUCACAUCCACGAGAUUACCUCAAUUUCUAUUGCCUUGGCAAGAGGGAAGAGGUCUCUCAGGAAAUGUUCGGCGGCGAUGGUUGUUCGGUCUCCGAGUCUGCAAAAAUGGGUCGGUUCAUGAUUUACGUUCAUGCCAAGGGAAUGAUAAUAGAUGAUGAGUACGCGAUUGUAGGGUCUGCUAAUAUUAACCAAAGAUCCAUGGCCGGUACAAAAGACACCGAGAUAGCCAUGGGUGCCUAUCAACGACACUAUACAUGGGCUGAGAAAAAGAAACAUCCACAUGGUCAGGUAUAUGGGUAUAGGAUGUCCUUGUGGGCAGAGCAUCUUGGUGAGCUGAAUAAGUGUUUCGAGGGACCAGAAAAUCUGGAAUGUGUGAAGACAGUAAACAAGAUUGCUGAAGAUAACUGGAAGAAAUUUACCGAUACCGAAUAUUCGGCUUUGCAGGGCCAACUUAUGAGGUACCCUCUGCAAGUAGAUAAUGAUGGAAAAGUUACCCCGCUCCCCGGACAUGAAACUUUCCCGGAUGUUGGUGGAAAAGUAAUCGGAGGUCACUCUAUUAAGAUGCCGGAUAUUCUUACAACAUAAUCAUCUUUGCUCUGUGUUUGUGACCGUAAAUUCGGAUCAGGGUUUGUAAAAAAUGUACAUUAUUUUGUGAAGCAGUGUGCAGCCAUGGAUUAA